GAUACUGGUCAGCAGAAACACUGUUUUGACAGCUGUCAAUUAAUCAAAACAUGGAUGUACAAUAUCAGGUUGCAGGCUCCCAAACUAGCUAGAAAGUGUGAGAUUAAACAUUGGUAUGCCUGUGGUGUGGACGGAGGGAGUGUCGGGUGGUCGGUGUACGGUCACGUGAUUGCCGAAUUUUCUAGGAUGGAUAGAUUUUCUAUAAAGCUAUGGGGCUUCGAAUUGAGCCGGUGAUCAAAUAAAAUAUCAGCGCAAAACUUUAAACACUACGUGACCUCAAUAGAUAGAAAAAUGAGCCCGCGAUCCACUCAGGUGAUGAUGGUCAGCGUAUACUCUAGUUUGAGAGCUGUCAAUUAACCUUCAUUAGGAUGGCGAAUAUUCGAAUUAACAGACUACGAGUGUGAGUAGGACAUUUCCGUCCGGCAUGUAGUGGAAAAUGCUAGAUCGUGUACCUCAGCGAACCUGAGCCCUCGUUAUUAGUCUUCUGAUAGGGGUCUCCACAUGUCCCAUUUUGACAGCUGUCAAUUGACCUUAAUUUGGCCUGCCAAUGUGACUUUAAACGACUGUCAGCCAACUGGCAGCCUUGCCCGGCGUAGUUUCGUUUUUAUGUUGAAUUGGUAAGUGUGACAUAUUAUAUCAGCUUUUAUUAAAAACUGAAUCAUUGGAUAAUGCAAUUCUAGCAUUUUGAUUGGCUUAGCCGUUAUGGUAUAUGAGCUAAUAUACCAUGUUCUCCAUAUAUGGUCGGUGUACGCGUCAGUUUAAAAUUGGAAGCUAGCUGAGAUUUUUUUUCGCGAAGGAUAGAACGGCGCCCGAAGCAAAUCGUUUUAAUUCAUUUCUUAGAAUACUAGAAAUGCAAUUUCAACGAAAGAAAAAAGACAAAAACAAACAAAAAGCCACAAGAGCUUGUUUGAAAGUUUGUCGAAAAACACAUGGAACUAAAGUACCUUGACCAGCUAUGAAAGAAGACAAGUGUUGUUUCUUCAUGAUCGCGAAGCCAUUCGCCGAUCGAGUCACUCGCCGAUAGAUAACUGCAGCUUGUUUAUCCAACAUCAAGAAUAUAAAUCACAAGUAACCAGCUACAAAUACAGGCUAUGCAGCCAUUCACCAGAGCAAUCGAGGCGGCAGUAUAGCUUCUUUUCUCGUUCAGCAAAACCAGCGUGUGGCUUCAAACAACUUCAUAACAAGCGACGAGGUAAUACCAGUAGUUUUUCUCCGUUGUUCUUACUUUUAUAACUGCACCGAAAAUCCAAAUUCAUAGUAAUUUCGUCGGUUGUCACUUAAAAAUUCCUUUCCUUCACAUUAUCUGCCAGGUUUUUUAAGCUGUUCUGCUGUGUAAAAUCCUAGAAUCACGAUGAGUUUUUAAAAAACUAAUGUUCACCGCACAAUGUUUUGAUUUUUCAUUCAUGCAGUCUAGGCGAGCCCGUUCGCGCAUUGACAGUUUUGAUAGACGUGUGACAUGUCAAUAGCGGAAGUCCCUUGUCUUUUCCGGUUUGUUCUAGUCGGGGCGAUUCAACGAGAUUUUGUGGGCGUUUUUAAUAAAACAAUUAUUCCACUCGGGCUUGUUGGAUUUUAAAUGAUUAUAGCCAACUCGGCGCUAUGUGCCUCGUUGGCUAUCUAUCAUCUCAUAUCCAACGCGCCCUCGUGGAAUAAUUGUUAAAUAUAUAGGGGCAAAACGACUGGUCUUUUAUCUGAGCCUGCAAGACGGUCAUGUGAUAAUUGUCAGCGGAUGUCUGAUUUUGACAGCUGUCAAUCUAAUCGUACUCAUACGGAUGGCUUACAUAACUAAGAAGCUAGUCAAGUUGUGCAAGAUCUAUUGGGACAUUUGACAUCGGCUUACAUGAAGCGUGUGUACGGACGGGCGUACGCUACGUCAUAACCAAAUUUUCUGGGAUGGAUGGUUUACCAAAUUUUCUUACCCAUGGUGCUCCGCUGCGCGCGCGGGAGCUCCGCUAUAAAGACACUCAUCAAACAUUAAUUUCUGUUGGUAAUUUCUUUAUGAAUUAUUAGUGUGUUUUUGAAUAUCAUUUUACUUUCCUGGCACGUAAAAUGUAUAUCUGAGAUUACCAGUACCUGUGACUAGUCCCACAUAAGGUGUUUCUUUUCCAUUUGCAGUUAAUCUACCAACGGUUCUAUUCCACAUAGUCUGCCAACGACAAGUGUACUCUGUUUGCAGACCGCAAUGCAAUUAACAGAAGAAAUGUUAAGGCAGAUGCUCAUCAUGCUUAUGCUCCCAAUAAGCAGAUGUUUGUGCUAGCAGUCAAGGCUAGGAUUGUGGCAGCUGCAAUGUUAAUACUUGGAUUGAAAGAUGUUGAUGGAAAUCCAACAGAAUACCGCUACCCAAAUAAUGCAUCAAAAACUGACAAGACUUCUAAACGUAUAUAUUUAAGAAAUCUUGCCUCUCAGGUUGUUCGCCUCUUCAUUGUAGAUGAAAAAGCAUAUAAUUCUAUUAUUAAUCAGGCUCUUCAAGAUGCUGACAACCAACGAGCACGUCAGGCUGAGAUGACUCCAGAUGGUCGUUUUCCCUGCAGACAGUGGAUGUGA